AUGUACGCCGCUCAGAAUAUAACGCCAACAGUUUUGGAUGCCAUGAACGGAAAUGUUUCCGAAUGGUAUAACGAAUGCGACAAUGCCAUUAGAAGGUCAGAAAUAGUUCCUGGAACUUACGAAUAUACAACUGCUGUUUCUUAUGGAAACGUAGGUGAGUUUGGAGAAGGUUCUUCAACAACAGUAGAUAUUGCUUGCGACAGGUUUCAUAUUAUUUCUAUUGACAACUCAUUCUUAUACGUGGAACAAGACAUUGAAAUAAAACCUUCUGCCAAGUUGUCUGACAAGAAAGGUUGCAAUGGAAUUUUCUAUGUCGGAUACCAAUAUGCUCCAGAAGUUUUCAUGGGAUAUAAGAUAUAUUCUAACUCUGACUUAGUUCAAACAGUAACAUGGGCAAACUAUGAAUGGUUCGCUUUGAGAAACUCAGUACAACCACAAGCUAGAGAACAAACAGACCAGUAUGCAAAUAUUGAGAAAAUAAGAAGACUUGACCCUAACGUUCCAGGAGUUUAUGUUAACCUUUCUGGUUCAGAUGGAACUGCUGCCACUAAAGUAAAACUGAAACUUAGAGUUCCUUUGUCAUCUUUCCUCAUCUUCAGGUUUUUAAGAUACUUGCCAAACUGGGCAGGAAAAAUUUCUAUUGAACUUACUCCAAGCAAAAAUAACUUAGUCAUUGCACCAACACAAGACCCAUUCACUCUUACAGAC